UAGGCUAUUUAUUAGCUAAAAGAUCUCCUCUCACUCUUCGCUUCCCACAUUUUCCAGGCGGCAAAUCGAGUUCUUCUCCAGCCAUGGUUCACGUCAAUUUCUACCGGAACUAUGGGAAGACCUUCAAGAAGCCUAGACGUCCAUACGAGAAGGAGCGUUUGGAUGCUGAGCUGAAACUUGUUGGUGAAUAUGGUCUACGUUGUAAGAGAGAGCUGUGGAGGGUUCAGUAUGCUUUGAGCAGGAUCCGUAAUAACGCUAGAAUGCUUCUUACUCUUGAUGAGAAGAACCCUCGUCGUAUCUUUGAGGGAGAAGCACUUUUAAGGAGGAUGAACAAGUAUGGACUUUUGGAUGAGAGCCAGAACAAGCUUGAUUAUGUCUUGGCUUUGACUGUUGAGAACUUCCUUGAGCGUCGUCUUCAGACACUUGUUUUCAAGUCUGGUAUGGCCAAGUCUAUUCACCAUGCCCGUGUUCUUAUUAGACAAAGGCACAUCAGGGUGGGUCGCCAGGUUGUGAACAUUGCAUCUUUCAUGGUGAGGGUUGACUCUCAGAAGCACAUUGAUUUCUCACUAACCAGUCCAUUUGGAGGUGGUCGUGCUGGAAGAGUUAAGCGAAAGAACCAGAAGGCUGCUGCCAAGAAAGCAUCAGGUGGUGGAGGAGAUGAGGAAGAUGAAGAGUGAGGUUUAUGAAUCAUUUUUUCUGCUUUGUUAUUUGCUUUAUUUCAAAGACAGAUGUUGUGGGUUGUUGAGGAUGAUGAUUUUGUUAACAUAUUAUUAGGACUUGGGUUUUAUUUAAAAGUUUGUUUUGCC